UGGUGGGGCCCCGCAGUGGCUGAGUUGCCCCGGGCCCCGCACCCCCCUAGGGACGGCCCUGGUUAAAGGUUACAAAUAAGAUACUUCAAGUCAUCGAUUAGAUCUAGCCUAAUCUUUCUCAUAUAUCAGGUGAUGAUACAACGAGUUUAUCUGCGGUAGGUGUGUGGUCGGGCUAUCUUCCAGGGUAGUAAUCAUAUCAGGUUCCAUAUGUGACCUCAACAUAAUGGUCCAGAUACUCCUAUAGUUCAGAGCUCACCUUGGUCUACCUCCUGCCCGAUCACCUGCUCCCGGGAAAAUUGGCUGUCUCUAGUCAGCUGUUUGGAGGAUCAGUUCUGUGUCUCUAGUCAGCUGUUUGGAGGAUCAGUUCUGUGUCCAGUCAUCUGUUUGGAGGAUCAGUUCUGUGUCGAGUCAUCUGUUUGGAGGAUCAGUUCUGUGUCGAGUCAUCUGUUUGGAGGAUCAGUUCUGUGUCCAGUCAUCUGUUUGGAGGAUCAGUUCUGUGUCCAGUCAGCUGUUUGGAGGAUCAGUUCUGUGUCUCUAGUCAGCUGUUUGGAGGAUCAGUUCUGUGUCCAGUCAGCUGUUUGGAGGAUCAGUUCUGUGUCCAGUCAUCUGUUUGGAGGAUCAUUUUGCGUCAGUUCAACUGUUCAGAGUGCCAGCUGUGUUCAAGUUAACUGUAGGCGGGAUCAACUACGUCAAGGAUCGAAGCUUCAAAUGUCAGUUGUUGUGGUGGAUCAGCUGUUUAGAAGUCAAUCAGCUGUUUGAAUGCAAUUUAUUUUUCGAGAGUCCAAGUGUUCGGUUAGUUAAAUGUAAGAAAGAUUAUCUAAUUGAGAAAUCAACUUUACCGGAGGUGGGGUGUUCGGAAAAAUAAACUAUUUGAAAGAUUGGCUGUUCGGAUAUGAUCGUUUCGUGUUGUAAGAAUGUAAGGUGUGAGGGUCGUCUUGUUUUUCUGAAGGUUCAGUGUUCGGUCAUGUCAUGUAUAGAGGAGCCAAGUCAAUGAGAACGAAACGACUGGCUACACAAUUUAUUAACGAGUCUCCCAUCUCUCUGACGACAACAUGAGACAGCAACAAAAUGCCAAAAUAUAGCGAGACACAAUUAACACACAACAUCCACCAAAACACAAAGAUAUAGUAUAUUAAAGUAUUCAUUACUGUAUUGAAGAAAAAAAAUCCCCUGUUACCGUGACUGUCUGGAGAUUGAGGAGAUUUGGUCUGGGGAGCUGCCGAUGUUUACUUGAGAACGAAGGAAAUACUGCCGGAGUUCGUCUCAGAUUUGUGCAUCUUCUUGUUAGCUUGUGACCCGACCAUGAAGCCACCUACCCUUAAGGAACAGGGAUAUCUGCCGUCCAGGUACCUGGUGGCGUUGAUGGCGUUCCUGGGGAUGGUGUUCAAUUACAUGCUGCGGGUGAACAUCAACCUGACCAUCGUGGCCAUGGUGACCAACGACAACUCCACCAGCCCGGUCCAAGACGUCUGCCACUUCAAGGACGACAACGACCAAACAGAGGACUAUGAUGGGGAGUUCGACUGGGACGAGUGGACACAAGGUCUUAUUACUGGAUCCUUCUUCUGGGGUUACAUAUGGACGCAGAUACCCGGAGGACGGCUAGCGGAGGUGUUGGGUGCUCGCCGAGUAUUUGGUGGGGCCAUUUUAUCUGCUUCCAUCGUCACCAUGUUCGUACCUCUCGCUGCUAAGUCCAGUGCCUCUACCCUCAUCGCUGUCAGGAUUUUACUGGGGCUAUCUGAGGGUGCUACCUUCCCGUCCACCCACGCCCUCUUGGCCACCUGGGCGCCACCAUACGAACGCUCCACUCUCUCCACCAUCAUCUACGCUGGGUCACAGGCUGGUACCAUCAUCGGCUUCCCUCUGGCCGCCACCAUCAUAGACUCACUGGGGUGGGAGGCUGUUUUCUAUAUCCAGGCAAGUCUCACGCUGGUCUGGUGUGCCGGCUGGUUCCUCCUAGUAGCUGACACUCCUGAUUCUGACUCCCGCAUCUCCAAGGUUGAGAGAGACUACAUCUAUAACUCACUAGGAGGCAGCAAGGAGAAGAAGGCUCCCCCAGUACCCUGGAGGUCGGCCCUGACGUCACUACCGUUCUGGGCUAUCCUGGUGGCCGGGGUGGGAAACAACUGGGGCUUCUACACCCUGCUGACUGACCUCCCGCUCUACAUGAAGCAGAUGCUACAAAAAGACAUUAAGUCGAACGCGGUGUUGAGUGGUCUGCCUUAUCUGGGAAUGUGGAUCUUCAGUCUGGUGGUGAGCUCCGUGGGCGAUAGACUGAGGCAGAAUGACACCCUCUCCACCCAGACUGUCAGGAAGACUGCCAACACCAUCGCUCACGUUGGCCCGGCUAUCUGUCUGCUGUGCCUUUCCUUAGUCGAGUGUAACAGAGGGGCGACUAUUGCGUUGCUCUUCACAGCAGUCACUCUACAGGGUGGCAUCUACACGGGGUUUAUGGUCAACCACGUCGACAUCGCCCCGAAUUUUGCUGGCACGCUCUUCGGUAUCACCAACGCUGCUGCCACUAUCCCAGGCUGGGUGGCUCCUAUGACUGUUGGUGCUCUUACUAAUAACCAGCAAACGUUUGGUCAGUGGCGUAAGGUAUUUUUCAUCUCCGCGGGUAUAUUCGUGGUAGAUGCUCUGUUCUUCCUGUUGUAUGCCUCGGGGAAGGAACAGGAGUGGAACAAAGUGCCAGAGAAGUCGGUGAAGAAGGACCUAAAGGAUGCUGUUGUUACUGGACAAAAAAGUCCUCCGGGGGUUAAUAUGCUGCAGGAGGGUACCACAGACAUGCUGGACUCGGAGGCUUAUUCCAAAUACAUCUUAAACAGUAACUUCCGAAACUCUUACCAAAAUAAGGCCUUCCAGUCAGAGUAAUGGAGGGCACCUCGCGACACACACCAGACAUUACUAUCAACACAAGGAUAUAUAAUUGAAUUCUAAUAUGCCACAGUCUGCUCACACCUCAGUAUAGAAGUAAUUUAAUUGAAGCCAAAGUUCCAUAUCUUUACCUGACCAUAAAUUAGUGGAGGGAUAAAGGGGUCGUGUUCAAAAUACCUCCUUUGUAUUUUCUUGACUUGUGAUUGGCUUAUUCAGUUCCUCUUUAUCUUUUCUUGUUUUGUGAUUGGCUUAUGCAGUUUCCACUUUAAGUUAUUCUUAUAAUUUAUAAAUUAUCAACUCAACCCCUACAAGUGGUCUCAAAACUCAUCAUCAAAACGUAUAUAUAUAUAAUGUCUUACAAAAUGAACGUAAACAUGAUUUGUAAGUUCUCGUUGUAAUGUCAUAAAGAUACAGUUGAUUAGAAUAAAAUCUCUAGAAUUUUUAAGAAUUAUGUUGUGACAAUAAAGCGAUGUACGUUUGUUUUAAA